AUGGGUGGAACACAGACAAAAGAGGCCGUGGAAUACUUUACCGCUGUAGCCCAUAGCGACAUCCAUCCAGAUGAGAAAAACUUCAUUGAACAUUUAAUUCGCUACAAGAAAAAUAUCUGCUCAGGUGCGGAACUCUACAGAUCGGCAUUACCCGCUCUUCGAGAGUUAAUCCCAUCCUGUGUACAGACACGGCGGGUGCGAUGGAUACUACAUCUCUGUCUACAGCAGUUGGAACACGCCUCUAGUAAUUACAGUCAAGCACCAAGUGAGGCUUUUCUCGCAUUACUGCACAUCACAGAGUUUAUCGUCCGUUAUGCUAAUUAUGUAUCCCAUGGAGAUGCCGCCGAAUUAUUACGUAUAAUGAUGGGAGAUGAGACAACAAGUAGUAAUAGUAAUGAACUCACAAACAAUGAUAGUCAAGGUACAAAUACAGAGGCACAUAAACUAUGUAAUGCCCUUAUAGAAUACUGUGUAACUGUACCUCUCAACGUAUUAACUGUAGAGGCUCAUAGUGAAGUGAUAUCUUUACUUUUAUCCAUGACUUCCUCUGCAUUAUAUCACCCUACUACAUUUGAUGAGAAAUAUAUGGAUGUAUUUACGGAAAUGAUGAUAGGAUCUGAAGGUAUAGCUCCAUUUCUAUCAACAUUAUUAAGACGAGUAGUGGAUUGGGGGGCUGGUCGUCUUCCAUCGCAACCGCUUUUGUAUCGUAAUGGUUAUCAACCAUCUUUUCGAAAUCUUUAUAAUGUAUUUGGUAGUAAUCGUGGGAAUAAUUCUAUAAGUUAUGGUGAAAAUUUAGGUCGACACUGUGGACAACUUUUAUCUGUACUUAUUGCUCAUCAAAAAGGUAAUGGACGAAAUCCUGCUUUAGAUUAUAUAAAAGGAAUUCAAGAUGGUGAACAAGUACAGUUUAAACCACUAUUAAUUGCUUUAACUACUCGUUUACAGGUAUGUCCAUCACUUUGUAUGGUUUUGUAUGCUUUAAUAUAUGAUCAUCCUACGUUUUUGCAUACUGUGAUAACGGCUUUUCCUAAAGAACUUUUGGAUUUAAUACAAGAAGUCCUUCAUUUGAGUUAUGCAGUUGUAACGGAUACAGGAUAUACAAUUACAACUCCUACUACUCCUUUAGGUGAAAGUUAUCAUAUUACUAUUCCUAAUGAGGAGGAUGAGUUAUCACCAGAGACUAUUAUGUCUAUUAUGAAAGAUAUGACCUUAUUUUCAAAUCCAUUUAUUAGUUUUAUGACAAGUACAUUGGUGUUACUCUUUACACAGGAUCAAGUACUAAAUAAAUACAUGAGUGAUACCGUAGUGGAGCCUCGAUUUAAAUUAGAUCGUUAUUUGGGUAAAAUACCAAUUAGUUCUCUUUGUAUUAUCGUGUUAGCCCACGGUAUUGUGAGAGCCAUGAAUGAAAAGAAUGAGCCAUUAGCGGCUGUUUUUCUUCCAAGUUUAUCUAAUUUAGCCCCUUUUAUUCACGAUAUAGAUCCUCACACCUCUCAACAAUUACUACGACUGCUUAUGAUGACUCAACGCAAAUUAAGACGUGCUGUUGAACAUGCAGGAUCCACUACUACCGUAUUAGAUGAUGAUGUGGCUAAUGGUAUACCAAGAGAUAAAGAGAUGAAUAAUAAAGAUAUGGAAAAUAAAGAAAAUGCAAUAGCACAGAUGUUUGCUCGUCAAUUAUCAUCUCUUGUAGAGGCUUUAGAAGGAAUGCUUCAAGGUGAGGAUCGACACAAUGAUUCCCUUGUGUAUGAAUUACUAUAUAAUAAAGAUAAACUAGAGGAUGGAAUCGUAGUAGAUAAUCCCAAUUCACUUAUCGCCAAGGCAAGAAAGACAAUACAACCUUUGAUUCGAAUUGUUGAUUUCUACGAAACGGAACUUGCAAGUGUUACCUCAGCCGAUUCUCACAGGGAUAUUCUCUCUAUUAUUCGUCGAGCGACAGAGGAACGAAAUGGAGGCAAUACUACCAUUCAAGAACAACAACAACAACAAGGUACACCACGAUCAUCAAUAAAACCUGUUGGACAAGCCAUGUGGAAGGCAAAGGAGAUUCUAUUUGUUUAUGAGGAGUCUUCGCAUAGUUACGAUUUCUUUGGUCCUUUUGUAUGGGCCACACUAUUGGGAGAUGCGGCAUAUCCCGGUGGUUUGUUGUGGACUGUUGACACCACCGUACUGGAUAUGUUCCCGCGGUAA